GUUCCCGGGGCUCCGGGCGCUGCUCAGUGCCCGCCGGCCCGGGCAGCCGAACCGGGGCUGUGUCCGGCGCUAUGGGCCGCGGGGUUGUUCCGUUCCGCCGUUUGCUGCUCUCUUUGCUGCUUUUCCCGACGGGCGGAGGGGUGAUCGCCUUGCCGGGGGGGGAAGCGGAGCCGCUGGAGGAGCUGCUGGAAUACCGGGACCCUUGCAAAGCUGCUGCCUUCUGGGGAGAUAUUGCUUUAGAUGAAGAUGAUCUGAAGCUGUUUCACACAGACAGAGCUGCUGCCUUACCAAGGCCCUCAGCUGCCCACGUCAGACACACCUCAGGAGGCCUGGGGGAGCAGCCUCUUGUGACAAGUGAGAACACCACUUCAGCCCAGCCCAGCAGCACAGCAGUCAAAAAGGAGGGCAGGCAGAACACCACCCUGGAGAGGAGACCAAGGAGGAAGGCAGAUGAUGAGGAUGAAGAUGAGGAUGAGGAUGAGCUGGAGCCACCCUCCUCCCCCCGGCUGCGCAGGGCAACCACCUCCAGGGCUGAGAGGAUCUGGCCAGGGGGGGUCAUUCCCUAUGUCAUCGGAGGAAACUUCACUGGCAGCCAAAGAGCCAUCUUCAAGCAAGCCAUGAGGCACUGGGAGAAGCACACCUGUGUGACCUUUGUGGAGAGAACUGAUGAGGAGAGCUUCAUCGUGUUCACCUACAGAACCUGUGGGUGCUGCUCCUACGUGGGGCGCCGAGGAGGAGGCCCCCAGGCUAUCUCCAUUGGGAAGAACUGUGACAAGUUUGGGAUUGUGGCUCACGAGCUGGGGCACGUGGUGGGCUUCUGGCACGAGCACACCCGGCCUGACAGGGACCAGCACGUCACCAUCAUCAGGGAGAACAUCCAGCAAGGCCAGGAGUACAACUUCUUAAAGAUGGAAGCUGGGGAAGUCAACUCCCUGGGAGAGACCUAUGACUUUGACAGCAUCAUGCACUAUGCCAGGAACACAUUCUCCAGAGGGGUUUUCCUUGACACCAUCCUGCCCAGGAGGGAUGACAACGGGGUCCGGCCGAGCAUCGGGCAGCGAAUCCGCCUCAGCCAGGGGGACAUUGCCCAGGCCAGGAAGCUCUACAAGUGCCCAGCUUGUGGAGAGACCUUGCAGGACUCAGCAGGGAACUUUUCAGCCCCUGGCUUUCCCAAUGGUUACCCCUCCUAUUCCCACUGUGUCUGGAGGAUCUCGGUGACCCCAGGGGAGAAGAUCAUGCUCAACUUCACAGCCAUGGACCUCUUUAAGAGCCGGCUGUGCUGGUAUGACUACCUGGAGGUGCGGGAUGGCUACUGGAGGAAGGCUCCCUUGCUGGGUAGAUUUUGUGGUGACAAGAUCCCUGAGCCAGUGACCUCCACGGACAGCAGGCUGUGGGUCGAGUUCCGGAGCAGCAGCAACAUCCUGGGGAAAGGCUUCUUUGUGCUCUAUGAAGCUAUUUGUGGUGGGGAGAUCCACAAGGAUGCUGGCCAGAUCCAAUCUCCCAACUACCCCGAUGACUACAGACCUUCCAAGGAGUGCAUCUGGAAGAUCACAGUCUCCGAGGGCUUCCACAUAGGAAUCACCUUUCAGGCCUUCGAGGUUGAAUGGCACGAUGCCUGUUCCUAUGACUACCUGGAGAUCAGAGAUGGGCUCACGGAGUCCAGCCCCCUCAUCGGCCACUUCUGUGGCUAUGAGAAGCCAGAAGAUAUCAAGUCCAGCUCAAAUAAAGUCUGGAUGAAGUUUGCAUCUGAUGCAACCAUCAAUAAAGCAGGCUUUGCAGCAAACUUCUUUAAAGAGAUGGAUGAGUGUUCCCUGCCAGACAAUGGGGGGUGUGAGCAGCACUGUGAGAACACCCUGGGCAGCUACAGAUGCACCUGUGAGCCUGGCUAUGAGCUGACAGCUGACAAAAAGAGCUGUGAAGCUGCCUGUGGGGGCUUCAUCACCAAGCUCAACGGGACCAUUACCAGCCCUGGCUGGCCCAAGGAGUAUCCUACUAACAAACACUGCGUCUGGCAGGUGGUGGCUCCAGCCCAGUACAGGAUCUCUCUGCAGUUCCAAGUGUUCGAGCUGGAAGGCAAUGAUGUCUGUAAGUACGACUACGUCGAGGUGCGCAGCGGGCUGGCCUCGGACUCCAAGCUGCAUGGCAAGUUCUGUGGCUCUGAGAAGCCCGAAGUGAUCACGUCCCAUGGCAACAACAUGAGGCUGGAGUUCAGAUCAGACAACACGGUCUCCAAGAAAGGCUUUAAAGUUCACUACUUCUCUGACAAGGACGAAUGCUCCAAAGACAACGGGGGCUGCCAGCACGAGUGCAUCAACACCUUUGGGAGCUACGUCUGCCAGUGCAGGAAUGGCUUCAUCCUGCACGAAAAUGCCCAUGACUGUAAAGAAGCUGGCUGUGAGCACAAGCUGAGCAGUGCAGAGGGGACCAUGAGCAGCCCCAACUGGCCUGACAAGUACCCCAGCCGCAAGGAGUGCACCUGGGACAUCUCUGCCACCCCCGGCCACCGCGUCAAAGUCACCUUCAGUGAGUUUGAGAUUGAGCAGCACCAGGAAUGUGCCUACGACCACCUGGAACUCUACGAUGGGCCCACCAGCAAGUCCCCCAUCCUUGGCCGCUUCUGUGGCAGCAAGAAACCAGACCCUGUCCUGGCUUCUACCAACAAGAUGUUCCUCAGGUUUUACUCUGAUGCUUCUGUGCAAAGGAAAGGUUUCCAGGCAAAGCACAGCACGGAGUGUGGUGGGCUCUUGAAGGCUGAAGUGCAAACCAAGGAGCUGUUUUCCCAUGCUCAGUUUGGGGACAACAACUACCCGGGCCAAGCAGACUGUGAAUGGGUGAUCGUGGCUGAAGAUGGGUAUGGGGUGGAGCUGAUAUUCCAGACCUUUGAGGUGGAGGAGGAGGCUGACUGUGGGUAUGACUACCUGGAGGUUUAUGAUGGCUAUGACAGCACUGCACCCCGACUGGGACGUUUCUGUGGCUCUGGGCCUCUGGAAGAAAUCUACUCUGCGGGGGACUCCAUCAUGAUCCAGUUCCACACAGAUGACACCAUCAACAAGAAAGGUUUCCAUGCCCAGUACAUCAGUACCAAAUUUCAGGAUGCGUUGCACAUGAGGAAGUAGUUUGACUGCUCUUCACAGACAUUCUGACCUGAAGAUUGAGACAUUUAACUGUGAUCCUUGUCUUGGUUUUUUUUUUUUUUUUUUAAGCUUCUGUGCACCUGCCCAAAAGCAGCAGUGUACAGCCUGUUCUCAGACCAGAACCAAACCGAGUCUCAAAAGUUUGCCUCUGAAAUUAUCAGCAUGUUAAUGUACCCAGGACCAAAAAUCAUCUUCUAAUCACACCUACCAGGGCAGAAACAUCAUUUUUUUUGCACAGCAUGCCACGGGGCUGAGUGAGAACUGAGGCUGACCUGAGGAAAGCCUUCAUCCCUUGCAGAGCCUGUUCCCAGGUGGAAUUUUGCUGGAGCAGAUGGUGUGGACAGACACCCAGUAGGAUUUUCUCAAAGGACCUUGGGAGCCUCUCUCUCUCCCCCUGCCAGCCCCAAAUACUCUGUGCAAUAAGGGAACAACCAGGUGGCUGGGACCCCAUCACUUCUGUCCCAUCUAUUGUGAUGCUCUUGGUUCCUGUGGGUUGGGCACUGGGAGAGCCUCUUUCAGGCUGCCAACUGCUUGGAUCCUGCUGAACAAGAAGGGCCCAGUGCCUGAUUUUCAGUAAUGUUCAUGGUUGAAUGGAAGUAUUUGAGUGAGGGGGCACUGGGACCUCCUGCUUCCUCCCUGUUCCUGUGGCCCCCAGGCUCUGGAUUCCCUGGCUGGGGUGCAAGCAGAACAGUGACUUAAGCACUUUGAGCAGGAACAGGCUCAGACAUGCUCUGUGGUGCAGUUAUUUAUGAACGUGGAAGCUACCAAGCCAUGGACUUGUAGACAUGGACACUAACAGGUAGCUUGGUACUUCUUUUGGGGGGGAAAAAAAAAAACAACAACAAAAAACUAGGGAAAAGUAUGCUUUUGGGGGGAACCACUGUAACUGAGCUGUUGACGUGGGAAGGAAAAAAAAUAGGAAAUAAUGAGACUCUUCUGAAUGAGACUUCAUCGAGGCACUCGUGGGCAGCCCCGAGCUAAAAGCUGAGGUGUGUUAGCUUUAAUAAAGUAUUUAUAAUCCAAGGAUUACUAUGUUUACAGAACCAAGGUACUGUCAGGCUCCCCUCAAUGUACUGACACCUCCUCUCUGGUGUCUGAGCGUGGAGAAGCCUGGGGGCAGUGUCAGGCACCAGUGACAUUCCUGGAGAUGAGAGCCUUUCCAGGUGGGAAUAAACAGACCCAGAGCUCUCUCCAGAAAUCCUUGAGCAGGAUACAGCCCAAGUAUUGUGAAUACUUAGGAGAAGCAAAUGCAUGGAAAUGUUUUCUUGCUCAGCGUGAGGAAAAUAAAGUCAUUUCUGCAGGUCCCU